ACAUUACUGGAAAGCUGACCUCAUGUUAGAAUCGCUCCAAUGAACAGCAUUUUCAUAAUUGAGAUACCCGGUGGUGUGUGCUGCUCAAGGGGGGUGUGGACCGGCUCUCAUCACAUUUGUGUGUAUAUGGGAAAGAGAGGCAGUAACACGUUGCUUGUGAGUGGAGAGAAAGGCACAGGGAGAGCGAGAGAGAAAGAGAGAGAGAGCGCGCACUCCAGGUUGGCGCAGGCACCGGUCCUGGAGAAACGGAGCUCUGUGCGCGGCGGCAGCAUGGCUUCGUCUCACGGGAGAAGCGACGUGCGGUUUGCAGACUGGAUGGCAAGUUUACCACAGAGCAUGCACACCAUCCCGCUCACCAACUUGGCUAUUCCUGGUAGGUGUUUUUUUGUUUCCACGAGAUGUUUGGGUGAGGAGUGUGUCCAUCUCACUCUGUGUCCAAGCGCAGUUCAUGCAUCUUGGAUGAUGAAUAAAUAUCAGUGAAUUACACGUGUUUAAAGAUUGGCUGCUUUGCAAACUUCAAUUAUUUACCUUGUUCGUUUCUGCCUGUAACAAAUAGACUGGUUCAAUAUUCUUAUUGCAACAAAGGGUACGACCUGUUGCGCAACGCGAGAAGUGCCAUCCAUUUCAUUAAAUAGUUCAUCUGUCUCGUUGGAGUGCGCUUUCCAGGGUCAAAAAUAUGUCUCUAAAUCACGGUUUACUUAUCUAAUAUCCCACGUGAUCAGGAAAUCGGGUGAAACAACAUCACCGUGAGAAGCUACUUCAAAUAUGUCAAAAAGACAGAUGUACCUCGCUCCUCUGUUUAGACCAGGACUCCUGGUGGUUUGUGUGUUCUGGGGUGGUGGCCACAGAGAAGAAGAGACUGAUUCAAUCCACUCACACUCAUGCUCGCACUGCCUCCCGUGGAAAAUAAGAUGUUGGACGUGCAGCCAAUCAGUGUGCAGGUCUCCUUCAACUCCAUUCAAAUUGGAAACUGGUUGUAAAGCCCGGCACUGAUCCGAGUGAUGAAUUUCGCUUAUUAGUAUCAACUUAAUUCCAUAUCUGCUGCCUGGUGAUUAUCACACCUCCACACAGCGCUCCCCUGCAUUCUUCUCCUUUCAUUUAAUUUAUGCACAUCUAACCCUUUGGUCUCCUUCCUCUCUCUCCUUCUCUUCAUCUCUCUCCUUUUGCUUCUGAUACCUGGUGGGUUCAGGGUUGGCAUGUGCUGCGAUGGCAUUUAAAAUGCAGAUGGCUUUGACUUUGAUGUCCUGUGAGGCAAAUUAUCAGAAUUAGCCACUGCUAUAAAGAAUACAUGUACCAUUUGUUUCAGGUUUAAUCAAAUACCAACAGACAGAAAAACAGCAUGGCCAGUAUUACCUCAUCCUGGUCAUUUUGCUGAAUCACAUGACAUGUGGUCCAUGCCAAGGCAAAAUGCUCCCUUCAAUUUAAUUAAGUAUCAUUACAUGUCAUUGGCACUGUGGCCUGAAGCAAAGCUGCUCUGAGUCUCUCCACUUGGAAACAGACUCUGUUAACAUCCUCAGAGUCUCUGCACCUUCUAGUGUUUGUGUUAUGCACAUUUGAGACUUUUCAUAAUCCACGGGAUUUUAUAAAUUUUUUGUCCCGCACCAACCAUGUGUUUCCUUUCAGCUAUUCAUAUGAUUAUAUUUCUUAGUGUUUCCGACAUCACAUCUUAUUGUCUCAUGUUGCAGCUCAGCAUUAAAAGCUUUUGCUCAGGCAGAGAUGAGAAUCAAAGAUACAGCAGCACUAUUUCCUCAAGUUUCACUCUUAAACUUUGUUGGAUGAGGAUAGUAUCCUUCUUGCUUGAUCUCAGUCCUCAGCUUGUACCCUCUGAGUCCUGAGAUCCAGAGAUGCUAUUUGUUUUCUUGGAGGAAAAAAAAAAAGGGACGCUUCACCAGCCAGCAGCCUCAUUGAUCCAGGCCAAAGUGUUUUGACAAUUUGGGGUGCUAUGUGGGGGUGAUGUGAUGAUAUGGUUCUCUGCUGGUGCCAAAAAGCUCAACAGUCCCUCCUGUGUCUGUGUUUCCAACACUGCAGAGCUACUCUGAGUGUAUAUAACCAUGCAUAAUGAUUGGCAGUUGAUCUGAUCUGUAAGAUGUUUUAUUAGCAUAUACGGGAUGAUUACCAUAUUUAAAGUAAUUAGUGUUUGCUUAAGCAAAUGGCUUAUGUGAAAAAGUGAUACUAUUACCACAUUAUAGAUUCUGUGCUUCAAGUGAAACAACAGCUGCUGUAUGUCAAAUAAUUUCUACCCACCAUAUGUGCUGUUGCUUUUGCCUCUGAUUUAGAUCUACAAGUAUAAAGCUCAGCAGUUUCAGAGUGAAAACAUUUAUAAACCACAGUGCACGUUAUAUGUAUUCUGAUCACUUCUGCUGCAAAACCUUUGCCAAGAUGAUUAAGUGGAAAGUCAGCUUGAGUUUGUUAGUUUAUUUGUUCCUUUUAUUGCGCCUAUCCAAGGUAGGGAGCUAAAACAGAUUACAUUUCUCUCACAAAGGAGUUAAUAAACCAAAGGAUAUUGCCUCAUAUCAUUGUAUGAAUGUGGUGGUACUAACAGGGAAAUGCCAGUAAAGCAAAAGUGCCUACCUGUAUAUAAAAAUAACGUAAUUUACAAGCAAAUCAGUACAGAAAUCGACAGUCUGUAUUAAAAUACAACAUUAAGGAAAGACAAUGAUGCAGCACAUAAAUGCAAUUGUGGAUCAAAUUGGCUUGACAGAGAAUUUCAAUAUGAGUCAAAGUAAAGUGGGGUUUCCGGGGGAGGAAGAACAAAUUGAAGAUUUUUACGAAAUACCCGGUUGAAAUAUCCAGGAGGAAUUGAAGUGGAGAUAUACACUUGUGCCUUUUGACUGGGUGCUUUAAAGAAAUGAAAAACUCUUUGACUCAAUCCUUGAUUUAAUCAGGAGUCAAUAAAAGGAGGCCAGUGCAGACAGGAGGGUGGUCUCUCAUCUUGAGGAGCCCUUGCUGUUUGAUGCUGCAGAAACUGCAGGCGAGACAAGGUCGCCUGACUGACUCCCACAGACUAAGAGUUACAAUUAUCAGUGGGAGAAGAGAAAAAGGCAUUUGUCUAGAUGCUUGUGUGUGAGAAAAUGUUUAGAUUUCUCAAAAGGAAACACCUGCCUCUCAGGACAGAGAUGAAAUUUGAAGAGUUUAAAAGUGAGGACAUUUUGCAAUUGAGGUGAUGAUAUCCUCGAGAGAGCCAAAAGGAUCUUUCAGCAUGAAUAAGUUUACACACAUACAGAAUUUUAUUAGUGUUAGCUAAAUAAGAAAGUUGAAUCCCCCAGGGACACAUUUCCUGAGAACAUAAUGGGCUCUAGUACAGAGCCCUGUGGUGCACCCAAGCUGGGUUUUUACAUUUGAACAAAUCAGACAUUUCUCUAAGUGCUAUUUCAUUCAUGUAGCACAUGGUGGGUGGUUGUUAGUAUCAGAUUUGCUUUCAACGAAUGGAUUUACUGUGUUUGGUUCAGGCAAAUAAUGCUGUGUCGUUGAAAGUUGUAUCCACAGUUUUAACAAAAAAGGAACAAGUAAAAUACAGGCGAGCAGAAAAGAGUAUCAGGCCACUAUGCUCCAUGUCAUAUCAGUGUCAUCAUCAACAUGGCCUUUUGCUCAUAGUGAAUUCUCGACUUGUUUAGACAUCAGCUCAUCGAGACACAACACACCACGAAGGACUGCAGGGGCAAAGUCUCUAUCACGCUUGACCCAACUCGUUGAGUAGUUCGUGCUCUCGCAUGAAGCUUUUCCAGGUAAAGUCAGUGUGAAGCUCCGGAGGGAAGAGUGAGAAAGAAAAUGAGAAUGUGUAAACAUAAGAGGCAAACCACUGCAGGUCUGGAUCGUGAAUUUGAAACAGCAACAGGGUUGAGAAAAUGAGUGUUUUUAAUGAUGGAUUUUGUCAAAAGCAGCCGCUGAGGUCCAAGUGAAUCAAAAUUGCAUGAUUUUCAGAGUUUAAAGAUGCCAAUAAAUUGUCACCCUGCAGAGAGCUGACUCAGAGCUGUUGUUAAACCUAGAUGAAAUUUGUCCAAAAAAGGACUGGAGCUGUGAAAAGACACCAUAAUAAACACUUCUGAGACAAGAGGUCAUCGAGGACUGUUAGAUUCAGAGGGCUUUCUAAUCACAAAGCAGCAGUGAGGGGAGUGAGCUGUUUAUUUCAAGUUAAUACACAGAUUUAGAGUUGCUUGUCAUGCCGUGACUCAUGACAUGAUGCAGGAGCCAAGGCAGUGUGGUAAUUAUAUAAAAAUAAUACAUUUUUACAUAAAUACCAUCCUGCCAACUCUCUGCUGGUCAGAACUACUUGUUUGUGAGAGAAGAACAUGGUAGCUUCCAGACAUGACUCAGCUCUCUGUUGACCUAACAUGGCUCUUUGGCUUUACUGUGCAAACCUACUCAGUUUGUGGGCCAGUUUUACUCCAUAGCUAACUGUGAAUGAGUUUGGAAGUGAUGGCAGAUUAAAGGUGGAGGUCAUUAAAAGAAGAAUAGGAGGAUAAGAGGAAUGAGAAAUUACUUCCUUUUUUUUCCCAGUAGCUGAUCUGCGGCUAUUGUUAGAUCUGCUCAGUGAGCAUUACAGACUGUCUGAGUACUGCCAGAAGUACUGUGAAUCUGUUCCUCAGUGGACCUGUCACUAUGAAACAGGCUUUAACCCCAGAGGGAAGAAGUCUGCUGCUAUUGAAAUUAAAUUGGAUAUUGAAUACUUUUGGAGUAGGUGAUGUACUAUUUGGAGUAUGUGCUGAACAGCAUGAGUCUGUGUCUUCAACUAACUGCUGUGCACAGAAAAAAAAGAAGACGCAGACGAGAAUAUAAGCUCCCUGAAUGGGUGGUACAGGUGCUAAAAUUAUCCACCAUUUUAAAGUAGCUUCAACUCAAAUUUUGGCCACCAGGAGGCAGAAAAUCUCUGAAACAUUUUGGCACAUACCACAUUUUGGUAUCUACAUGUCAACAUCCCAAGCAGGGGGGAGAAAAAAUUAUAUUCUGUGUAAUAAAUUUCUAAAAUUUGAUCACAGCUCCAUAGGGAUUGCUGGCAGAGGUGGGAUUUAUGACCUAUUCUGCAGCCCACCACUAGAGUGUGCUGCUGUCAGGGUGGCCUCACCCAGCAAGGAGGCAGAGGGCGUCCAUUCUAUAUACAGUCUAUGGUUGAAACCAUAUAUUGUGCAUUAAAAAUGAUGCCACAAGUGUAAACAAGCAGUGAAGCCAAAGUAUUUGGAGCUCCCCCUACUGACCAGCUGCAGUAUAGAUGGUAAAUACUCCCCUUCCUGUUAUCAGACAGAACACCGCUGGUGAAAUAACGACAUUAAGAUAAACCUCCCUUCUGUUAUCAUAGUUUGCUCAUAUACAAAGAUAGCUGUGACAGAUGUAGGCUUCUGCAGGGUUUCAUACUGGGUUAGAGUAGAUGAGGAAUGGUGAGAGAAAAUAAAAUAAUCACUAACACACAAGUUAGUCGACUCUUUCUACCCAUGUGUGUCUGCUGUGGCUUAUACUGAUCUUGAUGAAUCUUUAACAUUUUAUCUGUGAGUUAAAUGCAUGUUUUGGUGAGCAGGGGGGAUGUGACGUCAGUCCGACAACUCCAGUAGGCCUUAAAAUUCCAGUUUCUGUGCAUGCCUUAGCUCCACAAAUGUAACAUAGCAGUCACAUAUAUAAAUCACAUUUUAAAAUGGGAGGAGCACUGAGGCAUGGCAACCACUUAGUAUACCGUCAGUGGUUGAAACUCAAACUGAUUUAUUUGCUACCACAGAGAAAAAGGUUUGAUUACAUUUAAUGAUGGAAAUCUCAUGGAGGAAAUAAAUGGUUAGCAUAGAGCUAGGACCGUGCCUACACUGAGCCAGCCUGUUAGAUAUGCAGAGGAUGGCUCACAGAUGCUUAACCUCUCCAAUAGCUCAGUGUAACAGCUUUAGGCUUUACCUGAGGUAAGAAAUAAAUAACAUACCCCAGGCCAGGGUGUAAGGAAGACAACAAUUGUAUUAAGGUAAGACAGUCUGACAGUAAAAUCAAAUCCUUUGUAUGAAAGAGGCAUAUUCAUUCUUGUCAGCUCCCUUGAGGCCAGCCAAGGACUUCAAGCUGUAAAUCUAUCAAUCAGUCCCUUGACUAGUUCAUCCCGCUGCUACUUAAGCCCUUGAGCAAGAAGGAUAAAUGGUAUCAGACGCAAGGAUAAACACUGGUGCGGCGAGAUGCUUGACGGGUUGGAAAACAGCCAGGAAAACAAAGCAAAACAAAAAAACACUGAAAAUUGGAAAACCAAUAAAGGAGAGGGUAAAAUUGGUCAAAAUGAAUAUGUGCAAGAAACAGUAUCUGUAGCAGCCAGAUCAGGCAAAAAAAAAUGGUCUGGAUUAUACUGAAAAUUUCUUUAAGACCCCAAGAGUCAUGAUCCCAUUUAUAUCCCUGUUAAGCUCAUCCUAGGUUUGACCUAGGUCACUGCACCUGACUUUGGGCUUAUCCUUUAAGUUUAUUAUUUUGGAUUAGUGCAAGAAUCUACUUCAUAGUAUAGUUCAUAGAAUCAUUUAAAGAUUCUGUGUGAAGAUAAUGUAAAAGAACUUAUGUCAAGAUAUUCAAUGUUAUGAGAUUUCUGCGUAAAAACUUUCAUCAAAAUAUCUCAGAAAAAGGGAGAUACGGCUGUCAGAACUGAGGCGUCUUCUGCCUCGGUGCUGCUGGCAGCUGGUAAAUGAGUUUCCUACAGGGGGACAUUUAUUUUGAUUAUACAUUUCUAACCACGUUAGCCCCAUCGGACAUGGAUGUGGUUUGUGCUGAGAAAAGACAGGAGACAAAGUAGGUUUAAAGAACAGAAGACUGGUGGAUGUGAGGAGCAGGAUUUUAAGAGAAAAGAUCCAUGCAGGGAGAGUGAAGUGUGGAGAGGGAGUGUGGAGCUCAUAUCCAUCUUUCAGUGUCAUUCUACUCAUCUUCACACUGUUACUCCCCAUUUUCUCCUCACUUUCUCCACUCCACUCAUCUUCUGUCCUCUCCUCUCAGCAUCAUCAGAUUGGUUUUGGAAGUGUCCCCGGUGCACAGCAGUGAUUUUUCAUGGAGAAAAAUGCAUAAACCACCAGUUGCUGUGAAUGCUGUGCUCUUGUUCAGCCGCAGUGACUCAGUUAACAGGUCAAUUCUCCGAAGUAACCAUCAUCACCCACCAACCUUGUCUUUCUCAUCCUCUUCGUCAUCAUCAUUAUCAUCAGCAGCAUUAAGUAAAUCUUCCUGUUGUUGGCGUCACAGCUGGUUCCAACAUUAAUCCAUUUCUCUUUCUCUUCGCUUUCUCUCUCUCUCUCUUUUUUAACAUCAUCUUUGCCACAUGGGCAUCCUCACAUCCUUGUCUGGCAUGUGAUUAUGCUGCUGAAGACGUUUGCAUCCUGCUUCUAAGAAAGUGUUGCUCUGGCCAGCUGCUGUGAUAGUUUCUCAGACUUUCUGUCCAAGUGAAAGUCAUCAAGCCAGUUUGGGCAAGUGGCAAAUGAUGAACCUUUAAUCAGCAUGAUCAGUUGGAACUUAAGAACCAUUAAUGUGCAAGUCUUACACACGCAGCGGGGGGUUUAUUUGGAGAGAGAAAUUUUGUCUGGCUGUUGUUUCAUCUUGUUCUUUUUAAGAGGAGAAAACCCUUUGUUACACAUUAUGCUAUGUCAUUAGUGAAAAGUUUUUGGUCAGGUGGAUGGAAAUGAUAGAGAGAUCACUUGAGGCGCAGUCAUUUUUUAAAAUUUGUAUGUGCAGGGACACUUCAUCAUCUGCACAGCUGAAGCAGACCCUUCUGUGAUGUAAACAAUAAAUAGUCAUGCUCAAAGCUCAAGGUAGCUCAGGUAGAAAGAUGUGAUUAUGCAUGAAUGCUGCAAGCUUCCCCUGCAGAUUCUUGCAGAUGAUGAGCACACAUAGGAAAGAGGAAGUCUAUAUUUUCCUGUGAGAGUAUUCCUCUCUGUACUGUGCCAUAAGGUACAGGCUUUGUGUCAUACAUAUUUUAAGUUUGUACUUUUAAGUAAUACAUACACUGAAUUUAUUAGUUUGCCUUAGGUGCAUCAUUCACAAAUUUCUGCAUGAUCCUAUAGGAGACUGUUGUAUGAUUUCUAAGAGCUGUUGUCCUUUUCUUCCAUAUCCUGAUAAUAAAGGAAUGUUUUAAUGAACUGUGCGACUUGAGAUGUACUUCCAUAUCAGGUGUAUGUUUGUUGUAGAGCUAAUACAACUCUGCCGUUGGACUCAUGAACACUUUAUAACUCAGUCACUUUAACUCUGUCACUUUAUCACUGGUCACUUUUGUUUAAUGUACCUUGGUUUUUUAAUUGCACUCCUCCCACUGCACUGUUGUUCUGUAUUAUGUAGUUGUACAUAGCCUGUUAUACUUACUGUACAUAGCCUUUUAUAUUUUUAUACUUUUAUACUUUAUAUAUGUCCUGCAUGCUCUUAUUAUUUUCUAUUCUAGUAUUUUAUAUAUUAUUCUCCGUUUAAUGUUGCACCAUCACGCCGUAAAAAAUUCCUAGUCUGUGAAUCCUGUUCAUUGACAAUGGCAAUAAAAACCCCCUUCUGAUUCAGAUUCUGAUUCUGAAUAACCUGAUGUAUUUGUUUGUUAUUCACUGCUAGGAGAAAAAGAAACUUGAGCUACAAGAUUAAAAAUAUUACUUCUGUUUUUUUUUUUAAUUUUGCUUAUGAGCCAAAGAGAAAUGCGUCUCUGCAACAAUAACAGAGGCAGCUGUUGCGAACGGUUAAGGUCAAACUGUAACGCAGUGACCCCAGUGGUACAGCUCAGCCUGUAGUGAUGCUGUUUGCUGCCUUGCCCGAGGACUCAGCUGUCUGCCCUGCUUAUGGUCACUCCGUGGGUCUGCUGCAGAGACCUGGCACUGGAGUAUUAGCUGAAGGUCACCUCAGGCCCUGUGUCUAUCUGUGCAUGAGUGUGCUUGGUGGUUGAGAUGAAUGACGCAUUUUUUUACAUAGGAGUGGGAGAUUGCGAUGAAAAGGAAGGAAAUUGAUUGCAUUGAUCGGGAGGACAGGAAGAGGAUAGUAGAAUUUCUUUGACAUUAAUUUGUGCGCACACACAAACAUCCAAUUCAUCCUCCAGAGAGAACACAUGACCUGUUUCACCUUUGCAGCAACACUCUGACAGACAGAGUUACUAAUUGUAUUUCCCUGCUCUAAUACAGUAAUAUGCAGUAUAUACAUAAUUUGUGUCCCUUGAAUGCCAGUUAAACUGCAAAGAGCAAAAUGAAAUGUUUCUGUGAACCUCAAGGCACUGAAACCUGAAACUUUUCAAAACACAGCAAUUCGUAGCUUCACAAAACCCAUCCCAUUCACUCGGUCGAAUCCAUUGCACUAUUUUUGUGAACUGCUAUCUGCAGAAGAAACAGAGUGAUGUCUUCUUAAAAUUGUGGUGAGAUGCAGAUGGUUGGCAACAGUUGGUGUGUUCAACAAAUCCAGUGGUAGCUCAAUUUGUAUGUAGUGUGUAUGAUGUUCACCUCAUCAGUGAUAGCAGACAGCAGCCCCGUCAGUUAGAGCCCGAUCUAAUUCUGCUUGUAAAGCUUUGUGUGCUUUUUAUUUGCUGUGCAUGGAGAAAUAGCUGUCUUAUACCUGGGCUACAGGUUGACUCAUGCCACUUUCUCUGUGUUACAUUUGAUACAAUGGUGAUUAUAUACUUUGAAUUUACUGACAAAAGCUCUGUAAGAAACCAUUAUACCUUUUCAAAAUGCUCCUGAAAGUUUAAUAAAACCAAUGAUACAAUGACUGGGAUCAUUUUCUGCAACCAGGAGUUGAAUAGGUAAGUAUACUAUGUUCCUUUAAUAUAAUCAUUUCUUUAUGUCGGUGAUAUAAUGAAGGGGUGUAUAAUUUGAAGGAAAAUUGCAAAUGUCAAAUAUUGGCGUUUCCCUUUGUGAAGAGUUGAAACAAUCUCAAAGGGUCUGAAAUUGAUCGAGUGAUUCACUGUUGACGCACCGAAAAACUGACACUGUCUGAUAGGAUCAGAAAUUGAGACUGAUUCAUCUAUUGGAAAAAGUGAGAUGCUUUAUUUUACUUGAAGGACAAGGUCACAAGUUGAGCCACCCCCUGUUUCUUGGAAAUGGUAAAAGAAAUUGAUCAUGUGACCAAAUAUUUAGGAGAUGGGCAUCAAUUCAUGGAGUCUGUGAAGGUUAGAAGCACAUGGGUGAAGGAUUAGAAUUGUGUUCAGACCAAAAAAAAGAUCAUUUUAAAUUUGUUUUAUACAUCUAUAGUGGUAUCUAUGAGCUACACCAUGAGGUCAAAAACCAGGAAUAAAAGUCCACCAUUUUAGCUUAGAGGACUAAUAAAGUCAUCAUAGUAGUUCUGGGGUAAGUUGAGUCAGUGGCUCAACUGAGAAAGUAAAGGAGUCUGAUGAGAGGAUCAGAGUUUCAGUUCAGAUUGUUGAAAUGUGUUACUUUUUCUUUUCAAAAAUACAGCUGUGAAUGUUCUGAAUCACUUAAAGACAUUCUCAUGUUAAAAUGGCUUUUUACAAAACAGCUUUUUAGCAGUUAUAUGCAAUAAUAAUAAAAAUAAUUAUUGUACCAGUUGAAUAUAUUAUACUAGAUAAAAAUACACAUGAAUGUGAAGAAGUGACUGUUAUUUAGGGAGAGAGAAGGUGAGGGAGGGCUGGGGUAGAGGUUGGUGGGGUAGUAGGGAUAUGGCUCAACUUACCCCGCUCCUUUGGUCAACUUUUAGACCACUUUUUUUUGGCAUGCUGUAUAAUCAAGACAGUUCUGUUUACACUCAUUCUGUUCUCAUUCAGGGAUGCACAACAUCUUGAAAUAUAUGCAGAUACACUAGUUAGAGACAAAACUAUGAUUGCCUUGAUGUAGUGAUCCGAAAUAUGAAAAAUGACUCAUCUUACCCCACUCUCCCCUUCCCAUCUUAGGAGCUGGGGUUUGUCCGUUGUCUUGGUCUUUGGCAAUUUUUAUAUAUCUUAAUAAGGACGCAUCGGUGAUUCAGUCAAACAUUGAUGUUGGCCAAUAUUUUCUAUGUAGACUGACAUCAGCUCGCCUGCAAAUAACGUGCUAUGAGUCCACAAACAUUAGCCAUUGUUUAUCACAUCAGUUUAAUGCUUGCAAGUUAGUGUCCCUAACUGUUAGUCCGAAGAAGAGAGCAGAAAAGGUCACCUGUUGGACUGAGUUGGUAUCAGAAAAGAAAACUGGUAUCCUGAAAGAAAAUGCAGACCCUGCAGAGGUUUUUCAGCAACAUGCAGUCUGUAAGAAAUGUUCCAGUGACAGUUUAAGAGGAGAAACUACGACCAGUCCUAAAGCAUCAAAUCUCAGCUCAUAGAUAAAUUAUUUUAAACACCGGCAUCAUGCGUGUUUUAAUGCAUACAUGAAGAUUAUCUUUGUUUUACUGAGCUGGUUGGUAACUUUGUUAACAACAAGUGAAAUGGACCUUGUGUUGUUGCUAUUUUAAAGGUCAAGAAGUAAAUCUAAAGACCAACCAAAAAUGAGGACAAUUGAACACUCAUAGCUGUUCAGUUUCGACCUUUUAUUGAAGAUUUUAUAUUGAGGAGGACCAGUGAGGAACAAAACAGGCAGAAACCUCUGUCAGUGGUGCGUUUGAGGGUUCACUAAGCUAUAAAAGAAUAAUGUCAGAUAAUAAGCACAUUAUUUCUGCUCUCCAGGAGACAUGCUCCGUCUGAAAAACACAAUGGCUAAAAAACAUCGGUGUAUGCAAGCACACACUUACUUCUUUUAAAGUUGCUAGAGUUCAUGACUCUGACCUGUAACUCCGGGACGCUUCUGUUUCCUUUGUCAGUGUUGUUGCCAUGGCGCCAGGCUGUUUUCCAGUGCUGACCCCACUUUUCCAGCUGUGUCCCACCACAGAAAUGAAAACAAGCCGCGGUUUCUACCUGCAUGCACACUCAUGCUUUGUUGUGUUUCUUUCCUCCAGGUUCCCAUGAUUCUUUCAGCUUCUACAUCGAUGAGGCGUCUCCUGUUGGCCCCGAGCAGCCAGAGACGGUGCAGAACUUCGUGUCUGUUUUUGGCACGGUGGCAAAAAAGCUGAUGAGGAAGUGGUUAGCUACGCAGACGAUGAACUUCAACAGCCAACUGGAGGCUGGGAUCCGCUUCUUUGACCUGCGUAUCUCCACCAAGCCCCGUGACCCCGACAAUGAGCUGUUCUUCGCCCACGGACUCUUCAGUGCCACGGUCAGCUUAGAGUUUAGGUCUUUUUAUAUUUUGCCAAGUGAUGCUCUUGCAUGUUAGAGUAUUUAUCUGAAAGAGCUUAAAGGGAUAUUCCGGCGUAAAAUUAAAUUAGGGUCAAACACACCGUAACACCGAGUUAGACACCCUGUUGAGAGAUGAAUGUUGCUGACCACUUGCUUCUCUAGUUUUACCAACUUUGGAUAGCAAUACAGAGAGCCAGAGAGCCACACGCUCAACCAAAACGCCACCCUAUAGCCAGAAAUAAUGCUCAGAACAGCACUUAACUUUAUCAACGGUACAUAUAGGAUCCAAGCCAUAGCACUAGCCACCAAACAUCUUUUUUUCUGCUGCUUGUUUGUAGUGAGACCUUGGGCCAGUCCAUUACGGACUGAUGCGGGGUGAGGCAGCUCAAGGAAGAACAUUUAUGAUAAUUUCUUUAUCAUUUCCUUGAAGUAAUAAUCAUCAUAUUAAUCAUUUUGCACUGCAGACACUGUGUUAUUCUGCCUUAGCAUCCCGGUCUGAUUGCAUUUCCAUGAAGAAAUUAUCAUAAAUGUUCUUCCUUGAGCUGUGAAACUCCGCUGCAGUCGUGAUAGAUUGGCCCAAGGUCUCGCUACAAACAAGCGGCUGCUGGAAAAGAGUGGGGAAGUUAUGUUUAGUCUCUUUGCUUGAGAAAUCAGGCAAAGUUUAAAAGAUGUUUGGUGGCUAGUGCUAUGGCUGGGACCCUAUAUGUACUGUUGAUGAAGUUAGGUGCUGUUUUGAGCAUUAUUUGUGACUAUAGAGUGGCAUUUUGGUUGAGUGCGUGGCUCUCUGUAUUGCCAUCUGCAGUCUUUACUAAAGUUAGUAUAACUAGAGAAGUAAGCGGUUGGUAACAUUCAUCUCUCGAGGGGUUGUCUAACUCGGUGUUACAGUGUGUUUGACCCUAACUUAAUUUUACGUCGGAAUAUCACUUUAAAACAAAUCCAUCAGAGAUUAAAAGAGCAUCUCAAUUUUUUUUUCAGAUACUUUCUAUCAUGAUGUACUUAAUUAUACUAAUGCAUGUGCUGAUUUUUUAUGCUUUCAAGGUCAGAGAGGGUCUGGAGCAGAUCAGUAACUUCCUGUCAGCUCAUGCCAGAGAGGUAGUAUUCCUGGACUUCAACCACUUCUACGGCGUGCAGAACCUUCACCAUGAAAAACUAGUGGCCAUGCUGAAGGAAGUGUUCGGAGAGAAACUCUGCCCCGUUGUCUUUGCACAGGAGGUACCGCUUGAAUCAAAUACACUUAACACUUAGCAGGGUGCAGGAUUAAGUGGAAUUAAGUGACCCAGAAGCUGGCCUCGGCCAUGUCUAAGCUUCUAUCACCCCAACAACUCUGGAUUGAGAGAGGCACAUCACAGGAGCACAUCCAUUUGUCUGUGUUUAAAAGGCUUAUAAUAAUUAUUGUUUUCUCUUUCUGUGUUUUGAUCACUUGAGAUUCAGAGAGAUGGUUAUUACAUCCAUUCACUGUGUGCCCUUUUUGCAUAAAAGUCAAGUAGAUGCUCAGAAUCGUCUUUUUCACAGCUGCAUUUUAUAUCUCUGAUUGUUUUUUAAUGCUUAAGCACUUUGCACCCCUAGCUGGAAAAAACAAAAAACAAAAUAAUUAUCAUAAUUUUUUAGAAAAAUCUGUCUCCGCUCCCUCCCUACUCUUGAUGCAUCACCACCAUCUCUCUAUCUCUCUCCACCUUGAGGGCAGAGUGCAAAUGAAGAGCACAUCAGAAACACUGAUCACAUUUAAAAAGUAUUAGCCCUUCAGCACCUCCCACGCCAUCAUCACCACCGCUCUCGGAUCAUAGUUUCCUGUCAGGUGCUGCUACUGCUGCUCAGUGAGAAUAAAGUGCAGAGAAGAGGAAAAGGCCAAGAGUGACUGGUGGAUUCUGGGAAAAUAAUGAACUUCUUCCCAGUGCUGAAGAGGGCAUUUAGGGUGGUGUUUAAAUUUAGAAUAGCCAAAUGUCAAACAUAUUCACUGCUCUUCUCUGUUUCUACAUCGCUUUAACAAUAUCUACUCUUCUACUCUGGUGUUACUACUCAAACCUCACAGUUCAUGUCCUAAAUAAAAGCUACCUUGAUAUCAGUAUAGUCACAGAAACAGAAAUUAUGCCGCCCAUGUUGAUACACUUCAGACCUGCAGGUGUAACUUUUUGAAAAUAAUUCUGUAGGGCUGGGCGAUAAAACCAAAAUUUACUGAUACUGAAAUUUAUAACAGUAACCAACAUCAUUUUGCCCGUGUCAGUAUAUUUGGCGUCAAAAAAAUAAAUGAAUAAAUAAAAGUUGGUUUUGGAUGUGUGUAGGUAGGCUAUGGUCUAAUGUCCCUUUAAGACAUGGUCCUAAAUCAGAGACGUGACUCCACCCCAUCCAGUCCGUAACAAAGAGGGAAAGACAGGUGAAGAGAUGGAGGACGGUUCAAAAGUUGUAGUGGCUGGAGCGGCGGCUGAAGUAGACAAAGUUAAUGUGGGAGGGGGUGAGCAGCUUGUGGAGUAGUUGACAUCCAUUUAUUGUUAUUGAGGUGAACUGCUCAAUAUAUCGUGAUACUGAUUUAAGGCCAUAUCGCCCAGCCCUAUUAUACAGCAUACUCAUGUUCAUUUGGUGUUUUUUUUUCACAAUGUAUAGGAUAUGUUUUACGCUGUACCAACAUUUACAAACUUUCCAGAAAAUCAUUAUGUUUAGCAUUAGCUUUUCUACAAUUCAUGCAACCUCUCUCAUCCAUGACCUUUAAUUUUAAACUUUUUUCAGCAUGCAACAUGAGCAGCAAAGCAGUCGCAUUUUCAGUACUUACAUUUUCACCAGAUAAGGGCAUAAUAGGAGCUUUAUCCCGAUUUGUUGCAACUCUGUGGAUGUAUCCUUACCAGCUCUGUAUAAGGUUUACUUUUCUUCCAGAGUUCAUUAUUGGUGUUACGACUAAAUUAAUUUCAGUAAUAAUUGAAAGGUGUAAAAAAUUAAUGCAUCCGUGCUCACCGAAUCUCAGUCUUUCUCACCCUCAGGUGUGCAUGAACUACAGUUUUUAAAAUCUAAAAUUGACAAAUAACAUUUGUAAUCUAAACUGUAUAAGCCAACAGGAGCAGGUUAUGCUAAAGUUAUACAUCUUUGUACAUCUUUAGUAAAGUUUUCUUUCACUCUCGUAAGCUUAGCUCCCAGUUUUCUCACUUCUUGCUUUAACAUAACCCUCCUUCCCUCCCUCCCUCCCUCUCCAGGUGACCCUGCAGUACCUGUGGGAGAAGGAGUAUCAAGUGCUUGUUUUCUACCACCACCCCAUGGCUCUGGAGGUGCCCUUCUUGUGGCCAGGCCAGAUGAUGCCCUCUCCCUGGGCCAAUACCACUGACCCAGAGAAGCUGGUGCAGUUUCUCCAGGCAUCUGUCACUGAUCGCAGGUCAGGGCCUACAUUUAUGUAAAUAUGAGCCUGACGUUUGGGUUAUAAUCUGUGUUUGGUGCUUUAUUGUCCUUGGGCAAGACACCUAACCUCACCUUACUCCCAGUGUGUGUCGUCCACUGGUGUAUGAUUGUGAGAGAUGUUUGGUGGUGGUCAGAGAGGCUGUUGGCGCAGAUUGGCAGCCACAUUUUCGUCAGUCUGCCCCAGGGCAGCUGUGACUAAGGUCGUUUACCACCACCAGGGUGUGACUGUGUGAGCGAAUGAAUGAUGUAUCCAAUGUAAAGCACUUUGAGGGUCACUGAUAAAACACUAUAUAAAAUCCGAUACAUGCAUAAAAGUCUAAUUAGAUUUUUUUGUCAUAAUACUAACAUGCACACGUCUUUAAAUCUUAGGGGAUGUUACACCAACACCAACAAGUUUGUAGUUACAAAGUACAUUUUCUCUGCUGUAGAGAAUCACCCAUCCAAACAAUAAAAGUGAAUGCAAUAGACACACAAAAAACAGUCAUAUAUUUGCAUAUAAAGUUUAUUUCUCACUAUAAAAUGAUUUUGUUUCUGUGUGGGCCCUUACAGCAGUUUUAUGCAAAAAUCAAUCAGGGUUUUUCAAUAUGAGUAGCACAGCUCUGCUCAGAUAGCACUAGGUACUUUGCAUAAAUACUUAGAGAUAGAUAAAAAUAGAUAAAAAUGCAGAAAAGGAAAUGAAAAACUGUUUAAAAGCUUGAUGUGUCCCCCUGCAGGAGGAAGGGGACCUUCUUUGUCUCCCAGGUUGUUCUGACACCAAAGGCCAGCACUGUCAUGAAGGGCGUGGCCAGCGGACUGAGAGAGACAAUCACAGAAAGGUGAGACAUGUGUGUGAAUAGCAAAUACAUGUUUUAAAUUCACGCUAUGUUCAUGUUGAGUAUGACACUGAAAAAGAUGCAGGGUUAGCUCAAAUCGUGACAAACAACGUUACCGAGACUGUCGAGCUGAAACUACAGCAACACCUCAGGCGACAGAAAUGACAUGAUUACCCACAACACCAGACAUUAAAAAAACAUUUACUGGCAGCAACAUCCAAGUGAGUCACUGUGACAUUUCGGGACUCAAUUUAGAGGCAGGUAUCUCCAGGCGUCUUACAUUGUCUUUCUUUGUAAAGCUUUUAUAAUGAGUAAAGGUUCCUUGUGACAGUACUUAAGUACUUUCUGGGAAUAUCCAUCUAGCUUGACUGAGUUUUUAUAUUUCUGCCACUUUCUUUCACAUUUAGUCUGCCACUUUACUUAAUAAAACAUGUGCGUGUACUUUGAUAAUAUCCCCAAAGAACCUUUGGUACUCACAUCAGGAGAAAAUUGGUGGUCUAUGAAGUGGAAAUUAAGAGGUUCAAAACUGAAGGUACCUGUAAUUUAAAAAUUAAGGAUGCCGAUUGGUGUGAAAACUUCCAAGAAAAAGAAGAAGCAAGAUAAAUCAUGUGCAACCAUGCAACAAGUGAUUUCAAGUCAGCCAACUCUGGCUUAAAGGGAUAUUCCAACGUAAAUUUAAUUUAGGGUCAAACAAACCAUUACACCGAGUUAGACACCCCCCCAAGAGAUGAAUGUUGCCAACUGCUUGCUUCUCUAGUUUUACCAACUUUAGUAAUGACCGCAUGAUAGCAAUACACAGCGGUCUCAGGAGCCACACGCUCAACCAAAACACCACUCUAUAGCCACGAAUAAUGCUCAGAAUAGCACCUAACUUCAUCAACAGUACAUAAAGGGUCCCAGCCAUAGUACUAGCCACCAAACAUCUUCCUACUCUCUUCCAGCAGCUGCUUGUUUGUAGCGAGACCUUGACCAGUCCAUCAUUGACUGAGGCAGGGGGCUGCAGCUCAAGGAAGAACAUUUAUGAUCAUUACUUUAACAUUUCCUUGAGGUAAUAAUCACCAUUUUGCACUGCAGACACGGUAGUUCUACUGCCUUAGUGUCUCGAUCUGAUUGCAUUUUCACAAAUCAAUGAUCAUGAAUGUUCUUCCUUGAGCUGUGAAACUCCACUGCAGUCAUGAUGGAUUGGCCCAAGGUCUCGCUACAAAAAAGUGGCUGCUGGAAGAGAGAUGGUGAGUUGUAUUAAGUCUAUUUGCUAAAGAAAUUAGGCAAAGUUAAAACGAUGUUUGGUGGCUAGUACUAUGGCUAGGACCUUAUAUGUACUGUUGAUGAAGUUAGGUGCUGUUCUGAGCAUUAUUUGUGGCCAUAGAGUGGCUUUUUGGUUGAGGUUUGCGCCUGGCUCCUUAGACCAUUGUGUAUUGCUAUCGUGCGGUCGUUACUGAAGUUGGUAAAACUAGAGAAGCAAGCGGUCUGCAACAUUCAUCUCUCGAGGGGGUGUUUAACUCGGUGUUACGGUGUGUUUGAUACUAAAUUAAUUCUUAAGUCCAGAUGCAAAGGGAGUCUGGACUAUUACCACAAGAUGGUGAGAAAAGACAUACAAUGAAAGUGGAAACAACAAUGUUUUCUUAGAUCUGAUGUGGAACAGCAUGCUGCAAAACAAAAACACAUUUAACACAGCUAAAAAGAUCUCACAGAGUGAUACAUUUGGCUGUUUGAAAAGGCAGGACAGGAUGUAUUUGUCGGAAACAGCUAAACAUGUAAAGGAUAGGCUCAGCAAAGAGAUUGGAUGUAGCACUUGGUCCCAAAGAGAUGAUAGAAACAACACAAAACAACAACAAGAAGACACCUCUCAAGAGCUUUAAGCACAGUAAAUAUCCGAUACUUAAAGACUUUCAGAGUAUUAUUAGUAUACUUGAAUUUCACUUCUGCUGAAACCAGUUUUUGUUAAAAAUCUGUGCUUCUGAUCAAGUAUGGUUUUAAAAUACUCCAUACUCCACUGCACAACUCGAGCCCCCUUACUUCUCCAUUUUCUCAGUUCUUAGUGGGAAUAUCAUUUACCUUCAGCUUUGUUUUUCAUUCUCUCUUAAUGUCACUGGUUUUUGUAAAAGCCUCAGCAGCAAAACAAUCAAUUUUUUCCCCAUGAAUAAUUCAUGUGAUAGCUCCUCUGCCGUUCCCACCAGGCGUUUCCUUACUUUGAUAAAGGCAUCUCUAAUAAUUCCCCGUAUUUGUUUUGCCAUGUUGGAUCAGCCUUUUACUGUAUAGAAAACUGGACGAGGCUCAUGCAGGAGUAUUAUCCUGCCCUGGUGCACAGAUCACAUGAACAUGACCAGCAUCUGUUCACAGUGUCAUCCUCACAGCUGGUGGCCGGCUUGCAGAUACUCCAUGCUGUGCCACAGAGGUCUUUUAUCACAGCGUGCCCUCUCUCUGUCAAACCAGCCGACCAUAAAUCAGACCCUUUUUCAACCCCAUCUACGUCUUUUUUGACUGUAUCCUCCUCUGUCUGCUCUUUCACUCUGACGCCUCUGUGUGUGCGUGCUUGUGUUUCCUUGCAUCCUACCAGAGCCUUGCCGGGGAUGAUGCAGUGGAUCCGGUCACAGAGACCCGGGGAAAGCGGCAUCAACAUUAUCACAGCUGACUUUGUGGAGCUCGGAGAAUUUAUCAGCGCCGUCAUCACCCUCAACUAUCACCUGGAUGAUGAUGAAGAUGAUGCCACCUGAGGGACUGCGAGGGGAAGGGCGCCCCGGGGAGCACAGGCACCUCCAGUGGAUUGGUGUGCGCUCUCACACUUUUCUCUUUGGCAUUUAUUUCAUGGAAGGAGCUGCACGGCUCCUUUCACUUUCUUUAGGGCUAUAGUGAAAUGAGAGAUCGAAUUGUGAAAGGUGGCUGAUGUCAGAAGAGUUUAAAGUUGGAGAAGCGAGGUCGAUGUUUAUGUGGAGCACAAAGAGAGAAUAGGUUUUGUUUGUUUCCAAUUUUGGGAUAAUUGUUUUUCCAUGUGUGAUCUUUUUUUUUUCUUAAAUAAACCCACUUCCUGCUAACUGUACAUCCCUGUCAGUAAUCAAGUAACUGUGACAGUUUCUAAAUAAUCCCAUUAAAAUGUAGGCUGGUGCAGUUAGAUAGCAUUUUCUUUCGCCUGUUUGGAAAACUGUCAGAGAGAAGUUUUGAGUUCCAGCAAUAUGCAUCCUCGGUUUUCUAAAAUACACAGACUGAACGCAAAGUGUGUUUUAAAAAGUGCUAUAUCAGUGUAUUUCAGCGUGUGAACCAGAAAUCAACCAUUUUUUAUAUGUGUUUCAUCUGAAAAGACUCCAUGAAGUCAGCUGUAGACUUAGACAUCGAUCAGACCCUUUUGUGUACAGUCAAAGUCUUUAUUCUGUCUCUGUAGAGAAAAACUUACUGAGAUCAGGCUUUGAAAUUAUGUUAUGUGCACUUAAACUUUUCUGCAUUUUAAUACAAAAGUAAUUUUCCUGUUGAUUUGAUCUGGACAGAUGGAAAUGCAAUCAGUGCUACCAGUCGUUUCAAAUAGUUUAGGCAAAGCGUGACAAAUUUAUCAGGUUGUGUGGUGGGUGCAGAGUCGUGAUUGCUAAGUAUAAAAAUACAGUACAGCUGGGUGCCAGAGUCUAUCCACUGUCUGUGUCUCCUCCGCAGAACGCUUGCUCCCCAUAUGUGUGCGUGUGUGUGUGUGUGUGUCUAUAGUUACCGCUGUGCUGUAGUAUAUGUGAGUCAUCAUCAGAUGUAUUAUGGUGUUGUGUCUUUCAUAAUAAGAGGUGAUAAAGUUCCUCAAGUCAUUCAAAGACCUUUUUUAUUUCAACUCAACAGAGGACGGACUUCACUCUGAGUCAGGAUGUGUUGAUGUAACAGCUGUGCUCUGACACAUAGAAAAUAAACGAUCCACCUCUUUGGUGUCGACUUCAUUAGAUGUUUUAUGUUUUUAAGUGUUCACACCAAUACUGGAUCUUUACAUGGACUUUGUUUUAUGUUAAGUACAUUUUUCUGGAGAUAUACACUGAAAUGGCACCCGCGUAUUUCAACAUGAGGUUCGAUGCGUUAUGCAUAAAAACAUGCAUCACCACACCUUUUGAUCAAUCAGUGUGGCAUUUCCUGCAGAGAAUGUCUUCUUCUGUAGGGACCUUGUUGUAUAGUUUGGUAAUGUAAAACCAAAUUGGGGAACUUAACUCUUCUAAUUCGUGAAUGUAUGUGUCUUGUGAGUAAAUGUGCCAUUUUAAAGGUUUCAUGUGAUCUAUUGAUCAGGUGGUUGGGCAUCAGCUGGACAGUCAUUUUUGUAAUGUACGCUUUAAUGUAAUAAUGAAUACAUGUUGAAAAGGUCAAACUGUACUUCUUUCACUUCAAUGUGGUUUAAUGUUCAAAUGUUUUAUAUCGUGGAAAGUUUGUACAUACUGUAAUUGAAGAUAGCAUACUGCCGAUAAAUUGUAAAUUAUUUAAAUGAUUGCAAAUAGUCAUUAAUAACUUUUUCUUAACCUAAAUCUUAAUCAAUAAUCAGACUGCUUCUUGUUUUUUUCUGUUUUGUGCAUGAACUUUGAAAAAGUAUAUAUCUAUAUCUUUUGUUGAGACCCAACUUGGUACUUCAGGUCUGUUCAUCUAUUUUCUUUCUUAAGUUAAUCUGCAUAUUGUUCUUUAGAGCAUGAGUUCACCUCAGCUUGAAAUGUUUUUACCCUUUAAGGAAAAUCUUCAAAUCAGUUAUUUCUCUAAUGUUGCACUGCUCUGACCCUACACAUGUAAAGACUGUACCCACCCAAAUGAGCAGACUUGAAAAGACUUGCAAGUUGUGGACUUUUGUGUCUUCCCUUGUCUAAACGGUUGUCAUUGCUUUUUAUGUUCUGGUGUGAAAAGAGUCCUUUGCUGUUGUAAAACACAAAACUUUUGUUCGAAUAGAAGUGACUCUGUUAUUAGUGGAAAAUCUCUGAUUAAAUAAAGCUUCAAUGCCUCAUGAGAGACAUAAUGAAGUUUUUCUUUCAUGACCAGUUCCUGC